AUGUAUGGGCUGUUCAGUGAAUUGAAAAUUGCUUUUGUGGAUUGUGAUUUGACGAGUAGCGUGGAGGGCACUGUGAAUGCAAUUCUUGAGGCUUGUAGGAAAAUUUCGGUGCUGUAUGAUUGGGAAGUGAGAUGGGUUUCUAUUGUGGUUUUCUUAAGGGUUGAGUGGAAGAAAAUCCAAUUAUCUUCUACCCAUUUUAAUCAACAAAAAGAAAUAGCAACUAUGUCGUCACAAGGAUCAUCUGGAUCAAAGAAACUUCACAACUUUGAGCUUCCAAAACUCAAGUGGCAAACCGCCAGCCACCCUCGGAACAGCACACGUAUUCGCAAAGUAACUAUGCGGUCUCCACAGCAGCAACCAUCACCACCAGCCAUUGCUGCAGCACCACAGCCAUCCCAACCUAUUAAUUCUGUGUUGAGGGUCCAGUCAUCUCCGCAUGCUGUCUCCCCCUCCUCACGGUCAUCUUCACCAUUCGUGCGGGGCUUUGUAUCUGAAAUGGAAGCCUCCUGCAUUGACUCAUUGAAGAAUGGUUUAUCCAAUUAUGAGGAGAGAAUAGUGGAUAACGUGUGUGUAAAAGUGGGGGAAUUGCUUUCAGAUUCUGAGAAAUUAGCACAGAAUUUGGCUCAGAAGAUGGAGGAAACUGUGAUUGUUUCCAGUGUUUGUAGUGCAGGUGGAGGUCAAAGCUUCCCUAAAGAAGCGAAGGAGCUGAAGCUCUCUUUUAGGAGUAGGGCUAGUUCUGAGGCAGGGAUGGUGGAUGGAAACAGAGAACUGCCAUUAAUCAUAGAAGACAAGGAGAAGGUAAAGCAAUUAGCGAAAGAAGAUGAGGGAAAAAUAAUGUCACUGCCGGAAAAAGAUCAGGCCAAUUUAUCAAUGAAAGAUGACAAGUCAAUAGAAAUUGGAGGAGCAGAUUAUAAGGGUGGCAAGAAAUGGAACUUCAGGGACAGAAACUCUAAUCAAUCUUCGAAGACUGCAAGUGCAAAAUGGACUGCUGGAUCAUCAUCUACAGCUGCUGGGUCUAAAGAUAAGCAGCCAAAAUCUGCGGGGAAGAGUGGUCUAGGAAAAAAGGAGAAAGAAGAUGGAGAGAUGUCCAAUUUUCAUAAGUUGCCCAGCUUCUCUCUUGAACUCAAACCUGAAGAAAUUGUGGCGGAUCUGCUUGCUAUUACUGGGAAAAUGCCCUCCAAGAAGCCAAAGAAGAGGAACAAGAAUGUUCAGAGACAGAUUGAUCUAAUUAUCCCAGGUGGUAAUUUGGAAACAAUAACCAUAGACCGAUAUAAAGUGUGUGAAAAUGUGCGAAAGGGCAAGUAA